AUGGCCAACUCUUUCCGCGGGUCCAAACUUGACCGGCGUGCUGGGGCCAACCAUGAGACAGAGUUCAGCUGCUCGCUACAGGAGCUGCGCUCCCUCAUGGAGCUAAGGGGACCAGAGGCUGUGACCAAGAUCCAGGAGUGUUAUGGAGAUGUUAAUGGACUGUGUGCCAGAUUGAGGACGUCACCUGUUGAAGGUAAAUAUGUUGGGAAAAAUUCAGCUUUAUCUGGCAAUCUGUGUCAACACAGGCCAGAUUCCUGCUGGGGAACUGAAGUUUAAGAAAUGGGAAUCGAAGAGUGAAGUGCAAACCCGAACUAUCUACAGCCUCUGUGGAUACUUCUCUCUAUCCUACUCUCUCAGUGAACUUCAGACAAAGACGGUGUUUUCCAGUCAAGACUAACAGAGAGAAUUCAGUAGUAUGGAGAGGAUGAUCUCUCUUGUUUUUGAGUUUUUAGUUAUAACAGUUGUUCUGAUGUGAAAUGUUUUAAAGUUUAAAGAACUGAAAGGACCGUGGUAUAACAAGGAGGUAAUCUGAAACUUCAGUUUUGUUGUCCAACACCAUCAGUAAGGAGGAAACUCUCGUAGAUACUGUCAAAUAGACAGUGAGGAACUUAAACCAGAGAUCCACUGAACACUGGGCACAUCAGUCAUUUGAUUGGUAUUGAUCAGGUGUCUAAUUUCAAUUGGUAGUGAUCUAAUUAAGCAGAAGGAAUUGGCCAAAGAUUACCAACCAUAUUAAAUGCAGUGUUUUAUUCUGAAUGUUAGAGAUUAUUAGAUUAUUUCAUCUCAGUGAGCUGAACAGCCGGCAAAACAACACUCGCUUCUCCUGCACAUGCCCUUAUGGUGUGUGCGUGCGUGCGUGCGUGCGUGCGUGCGUGCGUGCGUGCGUGCGUGCGUGCGUGUGUGUGUGUGUAUGGGGAGGGGGGAGACCAAAUGCAAAAUGCAACAUGUAAACAUUCGGUCCCUGAUCCGGACCCUCUAAGUGGACAUAAGGUGAGAAAGGCCCCUCAGUGACCCCACUGUGUCUGUGGGUUUUCCAGAAUUCUGUCUUGUUUGUCUGUUUUAGAGUUUUCAUUAAAAUCACUCUUCUUUUAUAACAAUUACCACUUGAACACCGUCUGUUUAAACUCUUUUCUUUUUGCUUCUUGAUGUGUUUGUUGGAGCAAACACAACCUUUAUUCAAGUCAGGCUUUGAUUUGACCACAGGCUUUUGCCUUGGGAUGUGCUUUAGUCAACUUCAGUGAUGAUCAGACAAACUUCAUAUUGAUGAUAAAGCCCAGCUCUAAUGUGACGUACGCUGACCUCAGGACAGUGAACUGUUUGUCAUUGUGUGACAUGCGAACAGUAGACCCUGUGGACCUCGUGUAUAUGUGGACUCGGUGUUUGUAACGCGUCUGCCCUUUGACAUUUUCUUCCUCAUCAUUAAUUCAUUCAGUCUGUCUGUCUUGCACUCACUCAGUAAACACCUUCAGUAUUUCGAUCCCUGCUGACAGAGAGACGAAAUGUCAACAACAGCUUGAAAUCACUCUGAAAAUCCAUCACUCUGCUUUUUCUCUUCUGGGUGUCUCAUGACAGGUUUUAGUGUAAUCCCUUUCCCCUGAAAGCAGAGGGUUUUCUCGUCACUGAUCAGUGAGUUGUAUUUUCAGACACGAUGCAGAAGAGAUCUUGAUGCUGAACCUGUUCAGAGCAACCGAGUCAGCUGCUGCCGAGUGUCCAAAGGGAUCUGAGCACGUUCAGACAUGUUCUGCUCCACAGAGACCACCAGUCUGCUCCCUGCUCCCACACAACAGCGCUCUAAAACAUAUAGAAGAUACACACAAACAUUAUGAACCAUGUUACACUUACUGAAGCUGUUGAGGUGACUUCUUUUAUAGUAAGUGUAGUUAGCUGCUUUAUGUGAGUUAUGGACUCAGUGCUCACCUGUUACCUCCAGAGUGUUUUUUCCAUCAUGCUUCUCAGUCUUCUUUGUAGUAAAGCUUAUUUUCAUAACCGAGUUUGUGAAUCAGCCACUGUGGACGACAGCACAGGUAACGGGUCAGACAAUUGUGUUUUUGAAACAGUUCCCCUCAAAAGCUCGCAGGCUGUGUAUUUCUGAUUUCACUGUUUAACCUGAGCUAACCUUUGAGUUGUGAACUCCAUAUCCUAACAUCAACAAUGAAUACACACAGAGCCAUCAUGGGAGACACAGAGGGGGGCAACUCUUGUGGGUUUAGUGGCUCUCGCCUGUCUGCUUCCCUCAGGUUUACUAUGUUCACCAUCUGCUGUUUGCUGUUUAGUGCCAGUGAGAGUUAACCUAUACAGGUUACUUUAUUACAAGGAAUAGCAAGAAAAAUGUUUGCAUGGGCCAGGUCCACAAAAAAAGUUCAGUCAAGAGAGACAAGUGAAGAAACACUCUGGGGAGGCACUGAUUGUGGUAACUGAUGACCAGUGGUGUAGAUGGAGAGGUCGGGGUGGGGGAUGAUUAUGUAUCAUAAGUACUAAAGGAACUAGAGGCUAUUGGAUAAGGAGGCUAUGGAUUAACCAAUGACAACCCCAAGAAAUUACAGGAGCAAGAGUGAGAGAAGGAAACGUAAAUUAACCAGCUGUGAAUGCAGAUUUAGUCUCCCUGACUGAACUAAUGCUGGAGCCACUGUAGAAUAAAGAAGACACAGGUGUAAGACACUGAUCGAGGACUCAACUGUGCUGAGUUAAAAACACAAUUUGAAACUGGGUGAAGCUGACCUUUCUGACGGACAAUGUGUGUGUAAAGACUGGGACACUUAUUCUGGGAUUUGAAGCCUCACAGUUAUGAGUCAAGUCAAUAAUUACACCAAACGACAGCUAAGUGUUGUUGUUGUUUAAUACAUAAUGUUGUUAGAUGAAAUAAAAAGUCAAACAGAUGAGAGGAUCUACUUUUAACGCUGUGUCUUUUGUUUCCUCCUGCAGGUUUAGAUGGAAGUGUAGAAGAUAUCGACAGGAGAAAACAGGAUUUUGGACAGAACCUCAUACCUCCUAAAAAGCCAAAAACCUUUGUGCAGUUAGUCUGGGAGGCCCUGCAGGAUGUGACUCUAAUCAUCCUGGAGGUGGCAGCCAUCAUUUCAUUAGGCCUUUCAUUUUAUAAACCACCAGAUGCUGAGAGAAAGAGUAAGUUGAUCUCCUCUGUCUGUGUACAUCAAAUCCUCUCAUAUUAUGAGAUUUUUGUUUUUCAACCAGGACUCUCACUUAGGAGUUUUAUUGUGUGGAUAUUGUGAUGAGACAUGGACAGGGUUGGAAUUUGGGACAAACUCUGUUGUUUUGUCAGUAGAUUUGCAGUGAACCUUUGUAGCUGCAGUGGUCUAACUACAUAUAUCUGUCAGCCACAUAGUAACUGUCAGUGACCACGGGACUUCAGGUCCUUACUUACAUCCCUGCUAACUAACUUCUUUGACUUAUAUUAACGAUCAAGUUAACUUCAGAUAAGUCAGAUCUCCAUCUGUAUUUAUCUCUGUAAGAUAGAACUCCAGUCUGCAGAGAAGUGCAAACACUUCAUUCAUAUUCAACUCAUACUGAAGGAUCAGAACUGCAGGAUACCAAAUAUGUCUAAAACUAGAUUGUCACUUUACAGUUUGUCACCUAAUGCCACUGUUCUGCAACAACUUAUCACAGAGACAGAUUUUUUCAGUGAUCAUUUUAUAGUCCCAGUAGGACUGCAGGUCUCAUUCAGAUGAUCCCAUGGUCAUUAUACUGGGUACAAACUCUUAUUUACAAGACUUUACUCAAACUUUAUGAGCAGUUCUUUAGAGUUGUUUGUUCUGAAAACGUCCAAAAGAGUAAUGCUAAUUCAUGUUUACUUGAGGUACCCAGAAGGAGUAGAGUAUGAGAAGCUUUUAAAAGAAAUAGAACACAUAAAAUACUGUAACCGUGUUUGUCUCCACUCAGACUGUGGCAGUGCUGCUGGGGGCGUGGAGGAAGACGGCGAGGCAGAGGCUGGGUGGAUCGAAGGGGCUGCCAUCCUGCUGUCGGUGGUCUGUGUGGUCCUGGUGACGGCCUUUAAUGACUGGAGCAAAGAGAAGCAGUUCCGUGGCCUUCAGAGCCGUAUCGAGCAGGAGCAGAAGUUCACUGUGGUCAGAGGAGGGCAGAUGACCCAGAUCAAAGUGUCGGAGAUCGUCGUGGGAGACAUCGCUCAAGUCAAAUACGGUAAUUUACUGAGAACACAGAAUUCUUUCAAUGCUUACCAUUGAUCCGAAGUUUUCCACAGUUUUAUUUGUCGUGUUUUUGAGGGUGCGCUCACUCCAAUACAAAAUGGAUCUCAGUCUGACAUCAUAAACAGCCGUGAUUGUUUUGUUUCUUGACAAUCCACUGACUUGAGUUUCUAUUUCCUUUACAUCUAGAAUUAAUGAGAACGUAACCUGAAUAUUGACACAUGAAAAACAAUUCACAAGUUUCGUUGUGACAGCUGCUUUAUAGUUUUCUUGAUUUUAAUCGACAAUUACCCUAAAAUCAAAACAGAUGAUUGAAUGUUUUUAUCACACGGUCCUUGAACUCAUCAUCACAAAUCUGUAUCUCUUGGUAAUUUUAUGAGGGUAUUUGAGUUUCAACUACAAGGUUCUGAACAAUUUUGGGUUGGUUUGCUGACUGAUCAAUGACUGAAAAGUCUUCCUAAGCCAUCCUCACGUCAGUUUUUUAUCACACUCAGAAGUUAUUAUUGCAAUUCAAGGAUGAUUCUAUCCUUUGACGGUGCUGUGACAUGACCUGAUCACAGUCAGCGCUCGUUUCAGUCUGCUCGUAUGUCUCUGUGUUCCAGGUGACCUCCUACCUGCUGAUGGUGUCUUGAUUCAGGGCAAUGAUCUGAAGAUUGAUGAGAGCUCUCUGACCGGAGAAUCAGAUCAUGUCAAGAAGACUCUCGACAAAGACCCCAUGUUGCUGUCAGGUGCUGCUCUUCACACCACACAUGUCAAAUUAGUGCCAAGUUCUUUGUGAUCGGAGCUUUUACCGUCAGCUCUAACAAGUCAUUUCUGAAGCUCAUUCUCCAUCAUUUCAUUGUUCUGUCUCUGCGGUGCUCUCACCUGCAGGAAGCAAAGUAAAUCUCUUCCUGUGACCAACACAAAUCUGAAACUACAGAAGUAAUAGUAGAAUUCUAACCCAAAGACACUGACCAACAAGAACUUCCAUGACAGAAUCAGUAAAGUAAUGAUCAUUUAUAGUCCCUGAGGGUAUUGACUCAAACAACCUGUUGACCUUUGCAGACAUUUACUCUUCAGAUUUUAGAAUAACACAACCUGCAGCCGUGUUUUCAACAUCAUCAACAUAAAUGUGUCUUUAAAACAGUGACUUACAGCCAUUAUUCACAUUUAAACUCAGAAUAUCUACGGUUUUCUUUUCCCGCUCUCUACAUCCACAGUGCUUUAAUCACCAUCAUCAUUUUGAUCAUUCUAAUGCUGUACAAACACACCGAGUUUGAACUGUCGUACACAAUACUAUCAAAGCACACACAGCUGUAGGAGAAAAACACGAGUAAAAUCUAAGAGAUCUGGGAGAGAGUGAUGGAGGAAGUCUGCAUGAACACACUCAGCUUUACGCUUGUGAUUCCAGAUCUGGUGGAGAGUAUCACAGAAGUAUUUCUUCACUCUACUCGUUAUAACCAAAUGUAAAAAGUCUAUUGGCAUAAUGACCCAGUAUAAGCAAUUUGAGUAAGGUGUAAGAUUGAGCAGGUGAAGCUUUGAUGAGGAGGGACACACAGAUUCACCCCACAUGUUCUUUGUUCCAUUUUGACACAAACUGUAUGUAACAAUCGAAGAAUUCCUCUCUCCCACUCUCAGGUACCCAUGUGAUGGAGGGCUCGGGGAAGAUGCUGGUCACUGCUGUGGGUGUGAACUCUCAGACUGGAAUCAUCUUUGUUCUGCUCGGCUCCAGUGAUGACGGCGAAGGUGACGGUGAAGACAAGGCUGAGGAGAAAAAGAAGAAGAAGGAGAAGCUAAAGGAGGAGCGUAAAAAGAAGCUGAAGGGCAAGAAAGGUACUUUUAGCCUGAUAUGUGUUUGAACAUAACAUGAAUCUGACUCCAGUGAAUCUUCAAUGUAAAGAAACAUUAAAAAAGGGGAAUACAAACACGUACAAGAUGACUGCAUGAACUCAGUCUGGAGGAACUCCUGCACAGCGCCUCACUUUAGCUGAUGUAUUUCAUUAAACAAGGUUUCGGUCUAAGGUCUGUCUGCAGCAGCCAAAGUCAGUUAAACAAUAACCAGCAUUACUCGCCUCUUCUAUUCAGCAGCUGGUUUAAGUGGUUCUGAUGAAGUGAAGCAGCUGUAGAAAACCUCAAGUAGUUUCAUGAACAAACCAAGACCCAUACCACCAGACUAAAACCUUGUUUUGAUUCAGAGGGGCUCAUUUUUUUCUAUCCUCGCCCUCUUAUUUUAGAGGACGUGAAAAUCAGCUCUCCCACAUCUUCAGUCAAGGAAAAAUUUGGAUUUUAGAAAAAAGCUGAGUCCUUAAGUAAAUCUUAGCUGUUUCUAAGUCUUCAAAACUGCAGAUUUCCCCAUGUUUACCUGGUAAAACACACCAACACUGAUUUUUUUGGUAUUUUUUGACAGUAGAAUUUGAUAAAACCUUUAGUUAAGGACAUGUGACUGGUUGAGGAUUAGAAUUGAACUCUUGGAGGCUCCACUGUAGGUGCUGCUGAAAGAACAGGAACAUGAAGUAGGGGUGACCAACCAGUUUUUUCUGUUUCGUUGGUUUAAAACUGCAAACACUUGCUUGGGGUGAAAGCUACAAGUUACUAGUUUGAUGAUCAGCCAAACAGAGGAGAGGAUGCAUGGAGCCUGAUAUGUUCUUGACCUUGGUUGUGUACCUUUGACACUGUCUGAAGUUAUCAAUGACUGUUGUAUGUUUUUCCUUUACAGGCAAAAAAGAGGAAAAAGGGCAGAAAGGUAAGCAGGACAUCAGAACUGAGAGAUAUUCUGUCAACUGAGAGCGUCUGUGAUGGUUGAAUCAAAAUCUGUUUCUUGAGGCUGGCUGGUUUGGACCUGUAGUUUCCUCAGAAUAAUCACCAUGUAGUGAGUUGAUGACAGGAGAAGUGGCCUUAGGAGUAACUUAAACAGUUUUUUUAUUGAGAGUCAGUCAGUGCUUUGCCUUCAUUGUGGAGAAGCACAAAGAUACAGUCGUGUCCAGAUAACCUCUGGGUUAGAUGUUGUUUUGUGUGAAGGAGUGUGUAUACAUGUGAACUACACUGAAUUAUUAGAGUCGCUGAUUUAUGGCCUAGUUGGCGAGAAAUCUAAAUAAUGGGGCGGACCUUAAGGAAGCAACCAACAACUAUUCCCAGAGUAAACUAGUCAUCGAUUUUUUAAAACGGUUAUUAAAGUGAUCAGAUACUGAAUUACACUAUUGCUCUAUGGCUCUAAAUUAACAAUCAACUUUAAAUCUGACGUUUCUCUUUUAAACUGGAAAUGUGUGUAAUCAAUGUUUGCUCCACUGUGAACUGGUAAGAGAAGAGGGAGAAAGUACUGUAAGUUAAAGAUGAUGAAGCAAAGUCACACAGGGUGUCUCUAACUCUGGACUCACAGUCUGAAUGUGACUUUUAGAUUUGAUCAGCAGCUCUUUCCUAAGCAGCAUUCAGCCAAAUGCUCCCAGACUGUCAAACAUUUAGGAUACAGAGAGGUAUCAUCAAUUCUUGUCAACUCCACUGAAAAACUGUGCUUUAUAAUUCAAAGUUUUUAUACUAUUUUAUUUGGUCAAAUAGAUCCUACAAAGAGAUAAACAGACAUCAGACAGAAUGGAGGUUAUAAAGACAUCAUAAUAAUAAUAAUGACAGUAGACAUAGGACCAUUUUUGUCUGUUUUUCUCUUAAAGCUUGAUGAUUUUAUCUGUCGGUAAAAAUUGAAUCAUCUUCAGUUCUCAUCUUUAUACUCCACAUAUACUGAGUUGUAGAUUCACUUCGACAUCCCUGAAAUACAAAUGUCGCUAAAAACCAGUGUUGUUCACCCGACCAGUUUCAGACCUGUCCUACUGUGUCCUUCAUAACGUGCCUACCACAAUGCAAAGAGCUGGACUGUUCACAACAACUUAAUUUGAUUACACUGAACUUAUCAGGUUCACCUUAUCAGACUGGCUUUUAAGCCUGUGUAUAGGGGAAAUGACAUACAGGAGACAAGAAGACACCGUUUUUGACUCUUUUUAAGAAUUAUUAUUGAAGUUUCUGCUAAGAGGGAACCGCCCAGAGUUAGAUCACGAGUGUUUACAUAAACAAGAACAACAUUAUCAGUAAAAUUAAUGAAAGUUUUUCUAGAGGAAGGAUUGUAAGAGUAAUCUCAUGUUAGUAUUGCUUCAGAUCAACCUAAAGAAAUGGGACAAAACUGUUGAACCUGCUUCAGAUACAUGCAACACCAACCACCUCUAUUUGUUUAGAGUAGAACAGGUUUGAUUGAGCAGUAUCAGUUUGACAUGGGCUGUGCAGGAAAUCCCUUUUUUUAACCCAAGGUCAUUUUUAAAUAGACUUGUCUGAACAUCCCAGCAUGCAUCUUACAUCUAUCAGAGAUAAUGGCGGAGGAUGAAGUCAGUGAAGUAAUGAACUAAUAGUCUGCAGAAAUAUCAGCAGUCAUUGACAGUAGACAGUGGCCUUUCAGGACACAAAGCCCCUGAGAUGCAUGACAAGUGUGAUCCUCCAUUUGUCAAGUCUGACCUCCAAAUACUGCCGAAGGAUUCAAAUUUUGGACUGAUAAUUAACAAAUGUAAACAGACUCAUGGAUAUCUUGUAUAUCUACCAAGUCCUUGAUGCUAGAUGUCACUGAAUGCUGCAUGUUGUACCUUGAAGUUAAUUGAAGGAACUUGGAGAUGGUCCUUUAAGUCUGAGGUUUAGGCUUCAUGUAAAUAUUAAAAUAUGAGGUGGAGGUUUCAGGCACAUGACUGCACUUUGAAGAGGAUUUGGAUUUUUUGUUGUUGUUGUUGUUUCUGAAUCUCUACAUCAGGAUUUGUCAUGUGGUCAUUGUGGUCGCUGUGAUCUGGUAUUGUGAGGGUCCCAUGUUAUUAAGGUAAUCAUUAUUGGUUUGAAGGACGUUGUUCUGAUCGGUCAAAGUUCUCCAGGAAAUCAUGGUUUUUGGAGGUGGACCUAAGAUUCAGAUGGCAGUCAGACUCCGGGUAUCCAUUGUGUUUGCUGAUGUUUCCCGGCCCCUGGCAGGUCUUACUCGCACCCUGUGGUCCCACAUGGCAGAGUGUGUGUCCCUGUGGUCUGAGGAGCAGCAGCAGCAGGUGCUUCUGACUCUGUUGAUGGUGAUUAGGAGCAAGCAGAUUAUCGGCCUUAAGCCUGGCAGCUGCUUUCUUCUCCUGCCUACUGCUGCUGCCUGGCCUGUCCACUAAUAACCUCAUUACUGAGCUGGGAUCAGCAAGCACACACACACUUACACACACACACACAGAUACCCUCACUCUCUGACAUUGAGCUAUGUGUCACUUGACUCUGCUGGGCUGUUAAUUGUUACCGUGGUGAUCCAGAUGUAAAGGGGAUAAUGAGGUCUGAUGAGUUAGUUACUUCAUUAGUUCCAGGGAAAGUUACUUAGAGGUCAAUUUUGUCCCUUUUUCAUGUUUGUCAACACAAAUCCACGACAACAACAACACUGGGAGAGGACAGUUGGGUCAGAACUCUGUCAUCCACUGGCUCCAGUCUCACUUUGACUAUUUGAACCACUGAGUGAUAAUCUGUUGCUGUGUAAUGGACAAGCGGGGGGUAUGAACCUCAUAUUUACAUCAUCAUCAUCAUCAACUCCUGCUGUGUGACCCUCAUGAACAGGGAACCCAGUAAAGGCUAUUGUUGAUAGAUGUUGACAUUUUGACUGCCUGCCUAUCAUCACACAUCAAUAAAUGAAGAACGUCUGUGUUUGAGCUGAUGAUCGAGGCCGUCUGACGAUCAGCAGGACAGGUUCAGGGUUUUUUAUUUUUCAGACUAAGAGGACUUUUGCGCACUUAAAUUAAGUGUACCCUAAGUUGUAGCCAGUAAACCUACAGAUUGAUAUCCUUUGAGUUGGCAGCAUUAACUGUUCAUAUACUGUGAUAACUAUCAGAAUCACUCGCCCAAUCUAAGAAGUCACUCUCUCAUCCUGAGUGUUUUCCUUUCUGUGUUCUCCGUAGGAAAAGAUAAAGAAAAGGACGGAGCUACUGUGGAGAUGCAGCCACUCAAAGAAGACGGAGAAGUCGACAAGAAGAAGAAAAACCUCCCAAAAAAGGAGAAAUCGGUCCUGCAGGGGAAGCUGACCAAACUGGCUGUGCAGAUCGGGAAAGCAGGUACAGACAAAGAAGCAGAUCAGUGAUACACAGAGUGAGUGGAGAGUGGAGAGAUGUGUCCUACAUGUAGGAAUUAAACACUCUCUCACCUCUGGCUGGAGUGGCUUUGUUUCCGUUCAUUGACAUCACCUCCACCUUCUUGAGAGGCUUUUUUCCUGUUUCUUCCUGGUGCGUAUUUAUGCUCCCCUUACAGCUGCACCUUUCAAACCGUGUAAUCGACUUAGCUUCAAGAAAGAGGCAAAACCAGUGUCAGCAUCCUGGAAAUUACUCUGUUUAAAACCUAAUGACAUAGACGAAGGAUUCAGUUCCUAAAGUCUGUGGUCUGAACUGUUGGUUUUACUCCCUCUAAAGUCUUAAGUGGUUUUGUGACAUUUGGGCUGUUUUUGCAAGCUUGCAGAGGAGGAGUAAGAUGAACACGGUGCUGAUGGAAGGCUUUGUUUGUACCAGUAUAUGUAUCUACAGUAAUGUGAGCAUGAAUGAGCCUUCAUACUGAGUCAAUGAGGUGUGUUUUCUAUUUGCUGCUGCAGGUUAAAGAACUUAGUCAUCUCAAAACCAGGAGAUCAAUCCUGACUUUGUCAAACUCUAGAUGAUACUAAGACUGCUCAACACGUCUCUGAGCUGAACCGUUUGAACAUGGAUCUGCCUUUUCAUAUGUCAGCACACUUUCUACAGCGACAGAAAACAACAUAUGCUGAGCUCAAACUUAAAACCCACUUCUCUUUGUCCGUCUGCAGGUCUGUUUAUGUCCGGUCUGACGGUCAUCAUCCUCAUCACUCGCUUCCUUAUCGAUACCUUCUGGGUGCAGGGAGUUCCCUGGACCGCAGAGUGUACGCCCAUCUAUGUGCAGUUUCUUGUCAAGUUCUUCAUCAUUGGUGUGACAGUGUUGGUUGUAGCUGUGCCUGAAGGUCUCCCUCUAGCUGUCACCAUCUCCCUGGCCUAUUCAGUCAAGGUGAAUCCUCUUUAAGAACUAUCCUGCUCCAUACUGUGUAUUGUUUUAUAUCUGUGUUCUUAAAAAAGUACUCGUUGUUUAACCUGUUUGCCUCCAGAUAAUCCCCGAUCAAACGCUGUUUUUCUUCUGUAAAUGUCUGGGAGAAUUCCGGAUGAAGCUCUUUAAACUUUUUUCUCCCUAUCAGAAAAUGAUGAAAGACAACAACCUCGUCCGUCACUUGGAUGCCUGUGAGACGAUGGGCAACGCCACAGCCAUCUGCUCUGACAAGACAGGCACUCUCACUAUGAACCGCAUGACGGUGGUGCAGACCUAUAUCGCAGGAUGUUACUACAAGAAGGUGCCAGAACCGGACCAAAUACCUGCCAAGCCACUGGACCUGCUCAUCCAAGGAAUCGGGGUCAACUGCGCCUACACCACUAAGAUUAUGGUAGGCUGCAAAAAUAGCUUUCCAUUCAGGAAGCAGUGUUAGUUAAGCGUUUGGCCUGGAGCGAGGAAUGGUUUGGAAAGCGUCCACAAUAGCUCAGGAUUCAUCUGAUCACUGGAUCUUUGAUCCGCUGCACAGAUCAGAGUACAGAGGAGACAAACGGGUCACCUCUGUGAAAAUACAGAAAAAAAAAAAGUUCACUUAGUUUCUUUUGUACUGAGACGGUUUUUCUGAUGGUUAAAUUUACACCAUUACAUAACACUAACCCCUCAUCCAGGGUUCAUCCAGGACAUUGAAGGGAUCCAGAAUAGAUCAAAAAACAGGGACUUGGCAGACUCGAUCCAGAAUAGAUCAGUUCAGAGUGUGACACUAUGGCAGUUUUACACAUUACAUAAGUGUGAAGAGUUAGUGUUGUGCUUUGAUUGGCUGUAAAUUCAGAGAUGAAGGUUGAUGUUGGUAACUGUUUGUAGGACAAUACUCAUAGAUGUGGUGAGUGAGGAGUGAUCACAGAGCAGCAGACAUCCCCUCCUGUCUGUGUCUAUUCUCAGUUUCAGUGAUGGACCUGUAGUGAUAGCUGUGAGUUUGUGCAUCACAGUGAUCCGCUCUACAAAUAUAAGAACAGAACAGAGAAAUUCACACUCCUGUCAUAGAGCUGCUUAAAAACAACCUUUUGGUUUGUCAAAGGAAACUCGUCUCUGUCCGUGUGUCUCACUUUUUUUCUUGGAGGCAGCAGAAUGUAUCUCCUGGUUUUGUAGAUUUUGAACGUCGUGUCACGUCAAGUUGUAUCCGUUGUUACAGAAGUAUGAAUGUGUUUUUAGGAGGGCAAUGUAACCUGUAAAAUAGCUGGUAGAGAGCAGAAGACAGAUGAAGCUUGUUGUAUAAAUGUCAUUGUAAAAUACCAGCGCUGAUCUUUGUCCCCACACAUAAACAGAAACAUAACAUCAUGAAAAACUUCAGUAUAUUCUUUAAAAUCAUCUCUGCUCCUGCUUCCUACAGCCCCCAGAAAAAGAGGGCGGACUUCCUCGGCAGAUAGGGAACAAGACUGAAUGUGCCUUACUGGGACUCUCCCUUGACCUACGCCGGGACUACCAGACAGUACGCAAUGAAAUCCCAGAGGAGAAACUCUUCAAGGUCUACACCUUCAACUCUGUGAGGAAGUCCAUGAGCACCGUGCUAAAGAACUACGAUGGCAGCUAUCGAAUGUACAGCAAGGGGGCCUCAGAGAUCCUCCUCAGGAAGUGGGUUGAUGCUGACGCUCACUCACCUAUCAGCUCUCUGACAGGACGAUGGCUUUUUGACACGUGAACCUUUUCUCCUUGCACAGGUGCUGUAAGAUCCUUGUGGCCGGUGGCGAUGCCAAAGCCUUCAGACCUCGAGACAGAGACGAGCUGGUGAAGAAGGUGAUCGAGCCGAUGGCUUCAGAGGGCCUCAGGACCAUCUGCCUCGCCUACAAAGACUUUUCUGCCUCUGAAGGAGAGCCUGACUGGGACAACGAGGGCCACAUCCUCACUGGCCUCACCUGCAUCGCUGUGGUUGGCAUUGAGGACCCUGUACGACCUGAGGUACCUGAGCUCUGUCUUCACACAGGAAAACACGAACAUGACCAACAUACCAUAUCAGUUUUAUCAGGAAACACUGUUGAUCACUCUUGACUCAUCUCUCACUGUUACUCUCAUCAGGUCCCAGAGGCCAUCAGAAAAUGCCAGCGGGCUGGGAUCACCGUACGCAUGGUGACCGGAGACAACAUCAACACUGCCAGGGCCAUUGCCUCCAAAUGUGGCAUCCUGCAUCCUGGAGAUGACUUCCUGUGUAUGGAGGGCAAAGAGUUCAACCGACGGAUACGGAACCGGAUGGGAGAGGUCAGACAGACAGAAGAGGACAGUAGAGCAGUGGUGUCUGUCAGACUUUAAGAUCUAAAUCUAGAUUUUCUCUUCUCCUUUUCCUUUUCCUUCAGUUUUAGUUAUAAAAGUCAGAAAUAGAAAUAACUUAAAGUAGCAGAUUCUUCAUCUUCCAGACUCCUCACCCCUCUUCUGAAUCUUUUCCGACCCUUCAUUUUGCUACAUUAACCCUUCACUUCUGUAUUCUGUCUUUUCUGCAGAUUGAACAGGAGCGUAUUGACAAGAUUUGGCCCAAACUUCGAGUUCUGGCGAGAUCCUCUCCAACCGACAAACACACUCUGGUCAAAGGUAUAAAACACACACUUUAUACAGCACGUUUUUACAGUUUCAAAGAGCUUUACGAAGAAAAAUUAUCAAUCACUGUUUGUCUGUCCCCUGUUCCUCUCAGGCAUAAUCGACAGCACUGUGCUGGAGCAGAGGCAGGUUGUUGCUGUUACCGGAGACGGUACCAAUGAUGGACCUGCUCUGAAGAAAGCAGAUGUGGGCUUUGCCAUGGUAAAUACUUCAGUGAUGGCUGUCAUCAAAGAGCUGUUCAGAGGUUUUCACUGGUUUUUAAAAAAGACUCAGAGUGGAUCUGAAGUUGAGGGGGAGCUCACCUGCAUGUCUCGGUUUGCAGGGAAUCGCUGGAACAGAUGUGGCGAAGGAGGCGUCCGACAUCAUCCUGACCGACGACAACUUCAGCAGCAUCGUGAAAGCUGUGAUGUGGGGCAGGAACGUCUACGACAGUAUUUCCAAGUUCCUGCAGUUCCAGCUCACUGUCAAUGUGGUCGCUGUCAUUGUGGCCUUCACUGGAGCCUGCAUCACACAGGUGAGACAUUUGACUGUCUAGCAGUGCAAUCCAGCAGGAGUUGUAAGUCUGCCUGCUGAUGUUAACUGUAACCCCGUGUAGAGGUAAAUCCCUAAUAAAAACUGUAACAGAGUGAGUCUAUUUAAUAUAACUCAGCUGAAGAUACUCGAAGAUAUAACAGCAAAGUGUGGGAGUUAAAAAGUGAGGAUAAUAUAUUUCUGUUUCUUAUGGAACUGUUUACAACCUUAACAACAUGUUGAUGAAAACAAAAAGGAUCUCUUUGAGUGGCUGCAGUUCUGUUUUAACCGCAAGAUUAAGACAAAGAUACUAGUAUGACCGAUACUACGACUGUUCAUGAAAUACCAUCAGUGUGAACUCUAAAACAUCAAGACUGUAUGAGCAGCUGAAUGAGACGUGUGUGUGUGUUUUCAGGACUCUCCUCUCAAAGCGGUGCAGAUGUUGUGGGUCAACCUCAUCAUGGACACCUUUGCAUCUUUGGCCCUGGCCACCGAGCCGCCCACUGAGGCCCUGCUGCUCAGGAACCCUUACGGCCGCAAGAAGCCGCUCAUUUCCCGCACCAUGAUGAAGAACAUCCUCGGACACGCCAUCUACCAGCUGACCGUAGUCUUCACCCUGCUUUUUGCUGGUCAGUGAAUGCACCCCAGCUACAUAUAUUGACACCUUCGCAUGUGUAGGGAUUCAAAUCAGUCAGUUCACCAAACGUAAAUGUUUUUGGAUGUCGAGUGGAUUUGCUAAACCUUUGAGCAACAACAGCAGGUAAAUAGAAAUCACUGAUCUGAGUGAUUGAUGACAGAUGACAGCAAAAAAAAGUCUUCAUAGCAGAGUCAGACAGACCCACAUACUCACCAACCAAAGAGAAGCUCCACCCCCUCCCAGUGCCCUCUCCAGGUUUGAUGCUGGCUGAUAACAGUCAGGUGAAGCAGAUGUGUUGGCCGGCAGUGCAGCUCUUUGAGUUUGUCUGUGAAUCUAAUGCUGGACUUGAAGUUUCUGGAGCCAGUCUUCUGAACCUGUAGAGGCUGCAGACUCAGUUUCCACAUCUCUUAGAUAACGUUAGGACCUGCAUGAAUGUCUGUUUGAAAUAAAGAUGGACUCUUGAACCAGUUGACUGAUUAUUUUCAUUUUGAAAUACUCAGCAGCUUCACACCGAAAUUGAUGCUCAAUAACAUAAUAAUGUCACUGUCAUCCUCUCUAAACGAUAACAUCUUUGACAGCAUCUUAACUAAAACAGUUCCUGACUCGUCUUUAAGACCUUAUGACGUCUAGAAUAAUGACGUUAGAUUUUGCCUCUGACUAAACAGAGUCACUUGGAGGUUAUGUUGACCCUGUACUCACUAAUUGGUUGCAGGUGAGAUAAUAUUUGACAUGGACAGUGGGAGGGACGCCCCCCUUCAUGCCCCGCCUUCUGAGCACUACACCAUCGUGUUCAACACGUUUGUCUUGAUGCAAAUCUUCAAUGAGCUCAACGCCCGCAAGAUUCACGGCGAGAGGAACGUCUUUGACGGGGUCUUCAAUAACCCCAUCUUCUGCUCCAUCGUCUUUGGAACCCUCGUUGUUCAGGUAAGCAGUGGGAGGAAAACUGUUUACACACGUGUUAAGACCUGAAAAAUACACUACAUGUGUGAUAUUUGUUUGUGCUUUAGUUCGUCAUCGUGCAGUUUGGAGGUAAACCAUUCAGCUGUGUGAGUCUGAACCUGGAGCAGUGGCUGUGGUGUAUCUUCCUGGGCAUGGGCACCCUCCUGUGGGGACAGGUGAGACACCUCCUGGCUGUUUUCUUGAUAGUAGAUAGAAGGUUUGACGUCAGCAUCUCACUCAGAACAGAGCCCCAGUAAUCCUUUUUUCCACAUCAGGAGAAACUAAAGCUCUCUAAAGAUCUUCAGGGGUCUCAAGAACACUCUGAAGGCACAAAAGUGUUGACAAAUUAGAGGGGCCCCCAACUGCAUCGGUGUCAUUUUUAUGUCCGUCUCCUUCUCAGCUGGUGUCCAGCAUCCCCACAAGCUGGCUGAAGUUCCUGAAGACAGCGGGUCACGGAACUCAGCAGGAAGAGAUCCCUGAAGAGGAGCUGGAGGAGAUGAAGGACCUGGAUGAGAUCGAUCAUGCUGAGAUGGAGAUGAGGCGAGGCCGUGUUCUGUGGUGUCGUGGCCUCAACCGCAUUCAUGCACAGGUACGGUUUUACCCGGAAACUCCAACUCCAACUGAAACUCUGACCCAGAGCUUACCGUGUUCCUCUCCCUCUCAGAUCCGUGUGGUGAACGCCUUCAGAGAGGGCGUGUCUCCCUACGAAGGUCUGGAGACGCCCGAGUCUCGCAGCUCCAUCCACAACUUCAUGACCCACCCUGAGUUCCGCAUCGAUGACUCGGAGCCUCAGAUACCCAUGAUUGACGACAUCGAAGGCGAGGACGACGCUCCCACCAAACGGAAUUCUUUUGUCGUCCCACCACCGCUGAUGGGCCUGUCCAACCUGCCGCCGCUCCCAGCAAACCAGAACCACCACACCUUGGAACGUAUCGUCCCCUUGCAUAAGGACUCCUCCAGGCCUGGCCUGUUGCCGGGCAACUCAGCGACGCUGCCGCCUUGUCCUGGAAGCCCCCUACACAGUCUGGAGACCUCACUCUAA